CCGCCAGUCCUCGACGACGAGAAGGAUACCUUGUGUUCAGUACGGGGUGGCCUCCACGACUGUUACGGACGUCGGGAACACGUCGUUCUCGCGUCAACGACACCGGCUGUCGUUCCUCCUCAGCUUCGAGUAUAUCUUUUCUUUUCUUUUCGUUUUUUUUUGUUCGUUCGUUGAUCGGUGAAUGAUUCAGUGAAUGAUUGUCGUGCAAAAGUGGAGGUGCGAUAUCGAAGUCAUCUCGACCAGUUGAAAGGUCAUUUGGUGAAUCUGUGAAGGACCAUACUGAUCCCGGUGAUCGGUACUGGUACCACGGACCAGGAAGGAUACCGAGGAGGAAGUAAAGGUAGCAGCAGAGGAAGUAGCAGGCUUGGUGAGUUGGGUGAAAAUCGAUGGCCAUCAGCGCCCAUGGGCGGCCUCGCGUUUAGAACAAGGAAUAGCCCCUCCCAGAAGACCUCGCUCCGGUGGGGCGAUUGCUGCCCCCCAAAUCCCAUCCCUCCAUCGUCGUCGGCCGUCUGGAAGGACCAUCACCAGGACAUGCCGUUGGUACCCGUGUGAGGCUGCCCCCCGCUACUGCGUGACUGUACCCCGCGGGGUCAUCAGAGGUAUCCGAAUUUCCCAAAGUCGGAUCGGCCGGCGAACCACCCGAACUUACGUCUACGUCAGUUCGAGUUCACCCAGGUGGACCCGUACUCCCCGAAGAUGAUCAACUUGGCCGGUCUUGUCUCGAUCAUUCUCUUCUACGUGCUGAUCUUAGCCGUAGGAAUAUGGGCGGCCAGGAAGAAGGAGGCCGGCAACAACUCCGAGGAGGAAGUCAUGCUAGCGGGUCGUUCGAUUGGAAUGUUCGUCGGUAUAUUUACCAUGACCGCGACUUGGGUCGGAGGUGGUUACAUCAACGGCACUGCGGAGGCCAUUUACACCAGGGGUCUUGUAUGGUGCCAAGCUCCUUUCGGAUAUGCCCUCAGCCUCGUUUUCGGCGGUAUAUUCUUCGCGAACAAGAUGCGAGAACAGGGGUACAUCACGAUGUUAGAUCCUCUUCAGGAUGCGUUUGGCGAACGUAUGGGAGGUCUACUGUUUCUUCCUGCCCUGUGCGGCGAGGUCUUCUGGGCCGCAGGUAUCCUAGCAGCUUUGGGUGCCACCUUGGCGGUUAUCAUUGACAUGGACCAGGGUUAUUCGGUCAUUUUGAGCGCUUGCAUCGCCAUUUUUUACACGCUCUUCGGAGGCCUUUAUUCCGUUGCAUAUACCGACGUUAUUCAGCUUUUUUGCAUUUUCAUUGGGCUGUGGAUGUGCAUUCCAUUCGCAUGGGCGAAUCCAAAAGUGGAAUCACUCAGUUCCAUGGACGUGGAUUGGAUCGGUGAAGUGGACUCAAAGGAGUACUGGUCAUACGUAGAUAACGGACUUUUGUUAAUAUUUGGUGGUAUUCCGUGGCAAGUGUACUUCCAACGUGUGCUGUCGUCGAAAUCGGCGACCAGGGCUCAGAUAUUGAGUUACGUGGCUGCGAUAGGCUGCAUCCUGAUGGCCAUCCCUCCUGUCCUGAUCGGUGCAAUCGCCAAAGCGACGCCCUGGAACGAAACUGAUUACAAGGGGCCAUAUCCUCUGACCGUGGAUGAAACAAGCAUGAUCCUACCGAUGGUCUUGCAGUAUCUGACGCCAGAUUUCGUUUCCUUUUUCGGAUUAGGCGCAGUAUCGGCGGCGGUGAUGUCAUCGGCCGAUAGUAGCAUCCUCUCAGCUAGUUCCAUGUUCGCCAGAAACGUGUAUAAAUUGAUCUUCCGUCAGAGGGCGUCGGAAAAAGAGAUCAUCUGGGUGAUGAGACUGGGGAUAGGCGUAGUCGGAGUGUUGAGCACGGUGAUGGCUCUGACGAUACCCUCGAUCUACGGCCUUUGGUCGAUGUGCUCGGACCUGGUCUACGUGAUCCUCUUCCCCCAACUGUUGAUGGUGGUCCACUUCAAAGAUAACUGCAACACUUACGGCAGCCUGUCCGCUUACAUAAUAGCUUUCUUGGUGAGGGUCAGCGGCGGGGAGCCGUUGUUAGGUCUGCCUGCGCUGAUCCACUAUCCGGGAUACGACGAGGAGACCAAGACCCAGACGUUCCCUUUUAGAACGAUGGCCAUGCUGCUGUCGUUGGUGACGCUGAUAGGCGUGUCGUACGGCACGCAGGUGGCCUUCCUGACCGGCAGGGUGGCGCCUGGUUACGACGUCUUCAGGUGCGUCGUCAACAUACCGGAAGAUGUCGAGAGGGUAGGCCCGGACCCGGCGGAAGGCGAACAAAUGGCCGUCCUGGCUGCUGGUGUCGGCAGACUGUACGGCAGCAAGGACGAAUCGAACGGACGAGUGAAUCCUGCGCUCGAGCCGGACUACGACAUGGAGCCGGGGUACAAAGCACCCGGGAUGAUGGAGGGCGUUGUGGGCGGAGGAGGCGGCGGAGGCGCUGGGGCGCACCUGGUGCCUCACGGACCGAAUGUGCCACGACAGCCGCAAUCCAGCACCGAGUUCUAAUCCCCCUGGUUCCGUGAUCGGAUGCUGUGACCAACAAUAAAUGCGGCGGUACAGGUCUGUUCUAGGUUUAUUCUUCUAGGAUAAUUAUGGGAGAUUUGGUACACCCUUGUUAUUUUAAAAUAGAUCACUCCGGGCUGUUACUUAAAGAUCGUUCAGACUAGGUUAGUAACUGGUGAAGGGAGAUGACCCAAAGCUUCUGGGUACCUAUCCCCCUUGCUAGUUAUUCACCUAAUCUGAACGGUCCUUUGUAGAAUGAGGAAUUUUCUUUAUUUUUCAAGAUUUUACACUUUUUUUAUACAAGUCAAGAAAUACUGCUUUACCGAAAUAGGUUAUGUUCGACGCAGUAGAGGUAAGACAGUAUGGCGUCUUUCUCGAGCGUUUGGAGAUUAGGUUUCUCAACUGUGCGCCAGCUAUCUCAUAAUUAUUCCUUCGUUUCAUCAUCAUCGUCCCUAUGCUUUGGAAGAGUUCUCUGUUUCUAGUAAAUUAGGACUAACAUUCUAUCGAUAAAUUAGAAGCGUGCCUGCUUUCGCUAGUAAAUACAGUAAAGAUUCAAUGAAAGCGAAAAAGAUCCGUUCGGUCCCGAGGGUUUCGAAUCUUUACUGUAGAAUCUUUACGUUUAAUUGGUUUUCAUUCAUUUCUCCUGAUUUCUCGCCCACGUCCAAGAAGCUUCGAGCCUAACCAAAGCCAAUCUGUUCCAAGUUUCAAACGAAUCUUCUUUCGUACAUUCGCGUUUAUACGUUAGCUACGGUGUCGUGUACCUGCUUGAAGAACGCUCGUUCGUGCUCUUACGUAGCGAAAGCAAUAGACGAAUAAAUAUAAAGGACAAUUUGGUGAGAGAGAAAGAGAUCGAACGGGCGAACAAGGAAUCGAAGAUUAAAUGCAAUACUUUAUAAGAACCGAAGCUUUUUGGAUAGUCGGAUCAGAUGAUUUUCGCCUGUACCGCCAAUUAGGCCUAGUAAAUAAACCUUGUUUCCUUUUUGAGAAGUAUAUAUAUAUGCGAUGUCUUCAGGUGCGUCGUGGUAUAUUAUAUUAUAUACGAAAGUAUGUUGUAUGUAUAUUUAGAGUUGAUCAAACCGCUUGGAGAGGAGUAACGUCUCGAUGCAUCGACCGAACUGUCCCCCUUUAUUAUUAAGUAGCUCAGUGAUCGUGACGAUUUCUCGAGAAAGUAUACUACUCGAUCGGUUAACGUAAUUAUUCAUUUAGGAUGACAGGCUGUUGAUGGCGGUUCUUAACCAUUCACUGUUAAACAAGUAAUUAAUAUUUAAAAAUUUUUAGUAUUUAAUUUCAAUUUGGGUCAAGAUUGACAUAGCUUACCUUAAUAAAUUUCUUCUAAUUCGUCUGUAAAAUUAAUAACAGAUAAAUAAAAAAAAAACUAUCGUUUAAAUGUUAUGAAUAAUUUUCAUUGUAAAAUUAUAUAAACGGAUCGGUCGUUGCACAGACUCGUUGUGUUUACUAUAUAGUAUAUAUACAUAUAUAUAUAUAAACAUAUACACACACAGACACACAAUGUAUGAUAUAAUCGGUAUUAAAACGAGACGAAUGAAUUAGCAUUGUCGAAAGAAAGAUUCCUCUAGGCAGACGUACACGUAACACAUCCACAAAAGAAGACUAAUACCAGUAGCUUUCACCGUAGACACGAUGAUUGCCCUCCGAACAAUGCAUACACACACAAAAGAUAACGAAGACUAAUAUUAGCGAUGUUAGUUUUAAUCGAGCGAUUGUAUUGUUUGACGUAGCAAGGGCUAUCAUGUGUUGAUGCCAGUACAAUGGCGUUAUUGCUCAUUGUAGUUGCUCAUCCUCAUUGUUUAUCGAAAGAAAUUGAGAGAUCGUAUACGUACAUAACCUCUCAAAAGCAUUAGGACACUUGAAAAAUUGUUUGAUGACUCAAUGUGAUUUUUAUUUCAUAUAUUUUAUACUGUUUUAGAUAUUAUUUUCGAAAUUUGAGAGGUUAAUUUUAGUUACCGUUCCGUUGUACAAUGGGGAACAUAAUAGACUUCCCUAGGGAAAAUGGCGAUCUAGGGGAAUCAGUAUUACCACUCGCGUGUAAAUGCUUACUAUUAGUAUUCUUGCAAGCUGAGUUAACGUGUGGUGAUUUUUGAGUAUUAUAACGAUUGGUAGCACCUCCUUCGCCAUUUUCCCUAGGAAAGCUACCAUGUUCGGUCUGUACACAUUUCAUAGGUGUAGGUCACGAUCGACCCAACCACUGCCAUUUGAAAAAAAAUAUCAAUCCCAGAAAUCAAAUUUUUCACAUAAAAAUGGGAAUAAUUGAAAGUUUCGUGCAAAAUUUUAAAUGUGUUCUAAUACUUUUGAGUGGCACUAUAAUUGUUAAACGAGUAGUUCCUAUUCAUUUCUCAUAUCCCCAAAUAACAGCAAACCUGUUCCCAUCGUUUUCGUUAAUAUUUAUUCAUGGAUACACGACAGAUUGAAACGGCACCCUCUUUUUUCCCGAUGAAAGACAACCGAAUAACGCACACAAUUAUUUCUAAAGCAGCGUUUUGAAUGAAACCCCUGUAUACAGUUAUUGUUUCCGAGAAGUAGAAUGAUAAAGUGAUUAUUGAGAGAAGCUCGAGAUACUAUUGUUCUGCACAAAAGGUCAUCGUAACGAAUUAACCUGGCAGUCAGGAAGGAUCUUUUUGGUGCGUUUAAUUAAAAUGACAGGAAGAAGAGAAACGCAUAUGCAUGUUCAUCUUCCGAGUAUUUUCAAAGGAACUUUCACUCGAGUAUUCAGUCGCUCGAUUGAGCCAAGUUAAUCGCAGACAACGAAAGGAAGAAUUAUCGUCAUUAUACUUUCGGUAAAAUGAUUUUACAGUAGACAUACCGUCUCCUUUUUACGACUAACGGUUGUAAAAUGAAGAACAAUCGACCGAGAAAAGAGAAACCGAACAUUUUCUAAAUUAUCUGAGAACACAGUUUUCUUGCGCAUUUCGAAUAAUCUUUGUUUUCCUUUAUUGGUAUAAUUUUCUGUUCGACGACUUUUACUCUUAUGACAAGUGGAGCCCAUUCUGGGGGGCUGAAAGAGGAAGAAACUUAGAAAGCACCACUGCUUUCUCUCUCGGCUCUGUCCGUCACUAAUCGGAUAUUUUCGUAACCACUGGCGUCGACGAAACAGUUUCUCGAUCUCAGAAAUCUAGUUUCCUAGUGUGAUUAGUAAAUUCCCUGCAUAUCCACUAGAAAAUUUUCUAUUGCAUUCUAUUUUCUAUUUUGCUAUUGUAAAAACUAGUGAUUUUUGCAGUGAUAUAUAGAUACCUUUCAGAAAAAUAGAAUUCCCCAAGCAGGGUUUGAAGUGGGAACCUAACCUAGUAAUCCCCCCAAGAUAUGUCUUUCCAUAAUUCCUUUUAUUAGGUCUCAUACCCUCUUUUAUUCCCUGCUAUGUAUCACACUACUCUGAAUCGCUUUAACAAAAAGAUCUUUCCUGCAGAAUGUUAGGUUAACCCAACUAUUCAUUAAAUACCUCAUCUUUCCUUGAGUGCUGUUUGCAAACAUUGCACAAACAGGAACUACUAUUGUAUCGAUGCGUCCAUAUAGUAGAAACCUGACACAUUUGUAGUGUCCGUAAAUGUUAAUUAAGAAAUCGGCUACGAUCGCUAUGCAUAUCAACCGAUGUGCAUUGUAACCAACGAUGUAAUCUAUACAUAUCAUGAUGCGUGAUCUACGUGUAUUAGGUAUUUAGCGUGUAAGGUAAGGAAAUAAACUAAGAAAAUCAUAAUUAAAAAAAAAAAGAAGAAACCAAAGACAUGUAUAUACGUAUUAUUAUAUAUUAUAAUUAUAGCGUUGUUAUCCUCUCGUUAAAUGGACCGAUGAGGGAGGGGGUGUUAGGUUAGGUACGCAGAAUUCGAGGAACAACUUUUUAGAGUUCCUCGAAACGUUUUUCGAAAAUGCAAGUGUGAAAAAGAAUGAUGAGAAUGAAAACGAUGGGCUGCCUGAACGCCGAAUGGAAAAUGGUUCCAGUUGAACUUAGUUGAUGAUGCUAAUGAAAAAAAAAAAAAAAAGUAAUCUGUAAUAUGUUAACAGAACAGCGACGUUCUUCGACUAACUAGCCUGCUUUUCAAACCGAAUCGUGUACUUACUGUUACAUAACCUUUGUCCUAUCUCGCCAGCUUGGGACGCCUACCUAUCCAUAGAGUAUUAUUAUUAUUAUGUGUAAAGAAAAAAACAAGAAAUGACAAAAGACGCCCAACUUAUCCCGUAAGAGUAUAUCCAUGUAUAUGUAUUACGAAAGCGUUAUUGUAUUAUACGAUACUAUUAUACGUGUAUAAUUGAGAAGUUGAACGCGAUGUUGAUUGUAAAUGUUAAAAAUAAACAGUGUAUAAAAAA